AAAAAUGGUUGAACUUUCUCAUGUCACGUCAGCAUUUAUUUAGUGAAAAUCUGUUUUCAUUAAUGUUUAAAUAAUUGCAUUUUAUACGCUGUAAUAUUAUAAUUAUAUUGACUUAUGCUGUAGGUUUUCGCUCAUUUGUAAUACAUAAAUAAUUAAAUUAGAACACUAAAAAGAAGUUUCACCAUUAUUUAAAAUUGAUACCCGUGGUGCUGGUAGGAUAUAAUCCAUUAAAACACAACAAUACUUACCGAUGAGAUAUCAAAAUUGAGAUCAUAGAAAACAGCUAUUUUAAUCUAACAACUGUCAUUGUCUAUUUGUAUAGUAAAAAAUCGUGGGGACAUAGCAGGUCUGAAGUUGAUUUAUUUGCUGUUAAAUAAGUAAUGAACUAUUCGGCAGUUAAGAUUUAUAGAUGUUAAGACAAUAUCAUCGCGAUUGAGUUAAAAAAAAAACUUGGAAAUAUUAAAAUUUCAGUGGAUUAUAAUGAAUGUAAAUAUGAAAAACAACGUUUUUAAUUGGUCGAUCUGGAUAUUUCUGUUUCUUAGUUUGUCUACUUUUUUUAUCGUUUCCGCACAGCAAUCAGUGGAUCUCUGUUAUAGAGACGACCCAAAAAUAGACGUAUGCAUUAAAGAAAAAGUUAACGAAGUGGUCGACAAGUUUCAUAAAGGUAUAGACGAGUAUGGUUUAAAAUAUGUUGAGCCUGUAUUUGCAGAAGCUCCUUUAAGUUUUGAACAAAAAGGACGUCUAAUUGGCGGAAAAAUUUCAGUUAAGAAUAUGAUAACAGAAGGAUUGACAACUAUCAAAUUAAAAUCGCUAAGAACAAAAUUUAUCAAUCCAAAUAAAGUUGAGGUUGGAUUCACGGCUCAUUAUCGUUCAAUUAAAACUUCUGGUCAAUACAAAUUUAAGGGAUAUAUGGGUAGAAUUGCCAUAAACGCUAAUGGAAUUUAUAACAUAACAUUUAGUAAGAGUUUUAUCGAGGACGUUGAGGCUAGUUAUCUUUUAAGUGCAACAGCGAAGCAAAUGAAAAAUGACACUUUCCUACAAAUUGAUAAUUCACUCACGCAUCCACCCAAAUUUGGGGACACUAAAGUUCAGGCGACAGAAUUAGUUGCAGGAAACGCUGUGUUGAGCCGAGUAGCUUUGAGGUUUGCCAACCAGUAUGCAACUCAAAUGGCCGACGAACUGUUUCCUGUUGUAGAACCGUCACUAGAUGCCAUACAAAAGGAAAUGGGCAACCGAAUACUACAAUUAUAUCCUUAUGAUGAUUUACUUCCACCCACCAGAGUAAAAUAAAAAAAAACUUAAAACUAGUUAUGAAGAACUAUUGUGAUUACUGAUAGCCAGAAUUUAGGUCAGGUGCAUUUAUUGUAUUGACUUAUUAUUAUUUAUUCAUCAAAUAAAACAUAGCAAAAUUUCAGUUA